AUGCCGCAGUCUUUGACCAUUAACACCCCACCCUCACAUGCAAUCAAGCGGCAGCGGUCCCAGGAGACCCAGGCUGAUUCGUCGACACCACCCUCACCUGGACAAGCCCCCUCCACAAGAUCCACUGACGAGCAUGACAACCCGGCAAGACAGGUCACUACCAAGCUACCUUCGUACUUGAACAGCACGAGACAAGAGAUAUCCGCAGCAUUCCAAGACCUAGAGUGGAAACAGAGAUAUCGGCUUCAGCAUGCGUUUCAGAAUCCAGAGUCAUCCCCAUUUCGAGUUGACCGAUCUCCGGCUGUCAUCAGCCGCAACCGGUAUGGCAACGUUCAGCCCUGGGAAUCAGCAAGAGUCAAACUGAAAAAGCCGGUUGGCGGUUCGGACUAUGUGAAUGCGUCUCCCAUCAUACUCAGCGGUCGCAACGUGCAUGCAUCUCGCCGCAGUGGCACCCCGGUUUCAGCAUCGGCCGCCCGGAUCGAGAGUAAAUACAUUGCCAGCCAAGGACCGAAAGAGGGGCAGUUUUCCCAUUUCUGGCACAUGGUCAUGCAAGAGACUACCGGGGAUGUCGGAGUGAUUAUCAUGCUUACCCAGUUGUAUGAGGGAAACAAGGAGAAAUGCGCACAAUACUAUCCCCCCAAUGUCGCCAAUCCCACAAUUGCUCUGGCCGCCCCUGAGGAUGGAAAUGAAAAAGAGAGUGCAGAGACUACGGACGAUGGUGACCCUUUCCUCGACGUCCCCGCAAUGAUCGCCGAUACUGAUGGUGUAGGCACAGAUUCCUAUCCUGACAAACCGGCACCCCAAUCGAAUAUGGGAGAUGAAAGCCCAGCUCAAUGUGGUACGGUCAGGCUGAUUUCACUCCACGACGAAUCCAGACUCGGGUGUGAGGUGCGAAGAUUGAAGGUGACGAUCGACGGGGAAUCCAAGGAAAUUUACCAUUACUUUUACAAGAAUUGGCCUGAUUUUGGAAAGCCGGAGGCAGAAGAUCGAAGAGCUCUAAUGGAACUCACAAAAGUCACGAAGAGUGUGGCCGGGGAUUCUCCUCGUAUCGUCCACUGCUCUGCUGGAGUAGGCCGGACAGGGACUUGGAUAGCCCUGGAUUUCCUCCUGCAAGAACUUGAAGCAGGAGUAUUGGUCGAGUCUUCGUCAUAUUUUGCCUCCCCUCAGUCGUCCAGACCCUCUUCCAACGGAACUUGGGGCAAGAGUGGGCCUCCCAAACCCAGCACACCCGAUUCCAAAGACGAAGAGGACGCCAUUUUCGAAACGGUCAACGCACUCCGUGAGCAGCGCAUGAUGAUGGUGAUGAAUGAAUUGCAAUACAGCUUCUUGUACGAAGCCCUCAGAGAAGCUUUCAUCGAGAAAUAUGCCCAGAAGGAAACGGGCCCGAUGGUAACUGAAGUGCAGGAACCUAGCCCGAAAAUUGCCAGGAAGAGCGCUCCAUUUGGCGGCAUGUUUGAAGGCAACCAUGCGGGUCAGGUUCGCAGAGACGAGGACACUGUGUCGGAGACAGGUAUUGAGUCAGAGGCGGAGACGGAGAUCAUGGAAAAAAACAAGCGAGAAGGCAAUACGAGAGGUGAUCCUGAACCGGAGGCGGAUACGGCAGAUCCGUAUGUGGCGGUCGCGCCCGAAACAAUCCGUGAAGGGCAGAGGAAGCAGGAGCAAGACACGGUACGUGAUCACGAGGUGCAAUGA